UCUUAGCCCCACAGCCAAAACCCUCUGGAGGGAAGGGACCAAGAGCAGGGUUUUUUUGGCUUCUGGGCUCACCUGAUACCUGGGGGAAUCCACAGUCAUGAAGAUCCUUUAUCUGCUCUUUUCUCUCCUCUUCUUGACACUCCAGGUUUCUCCAGGUUUGUCUUCACCCCGGAGGGAAAUGUUUUUUUGUAGAAAAGGGACCUGUCACGUAGGAAGAUGCCCCGUCCAUCUGGUUAGAGAUGGAAGCUGCUUUGGGAUCCGCUCCUGCUGUAAAUGGCCGUGGGAUGUACAAGGCUUCAGUGAACCAAACAUUGAAGAGCAAUGAAAAUUUCUUCUAAAUCCAGGAAUUUACUUGGAAUCUUCUUACUGCUAAAACCAGUGGAUCCUGCUGCAAAGCCUCACACACCUUUCACUUCCAAUGAAAAAAGCUUUAUGAUAUAAAGUAAAUCCAAAUGUAUUCUGCAUUGCUCCCCCUCCUUCUAAAUAAAUUGUUGCUUU